AUGCCGAGGCCGGGCGUGGCGUACGCCGGCCGUGAGCGCUGCGCCGUGUACCCAGACGACGUGACGGGGCGGCGCGCGCUCACGUGCAUCCGACGGGCGUGGACGCGCGGCUUGCUCUUCCGUGUCGGCGACUCGCGAUCGACGGGCGAGGAGGACGUGAUCACCUUUGGGCUGCACCAGAAGACAAGCACCGUCGGCGGCGCGACCGAGCACGGCUGGCCCGACGCGGGAUAUCUCGACCGGCUGCUGAGCGAGUGUGCGGCGCUCGGCGUGGCGACGGACGAUGAGGUGGACGACGCGCUGCUCUGA